CUGACAGACAGACAGACGUCACCUGUCAUUUACUCACAAUCACAGAGAAACAAUGUCUCUCCGUGUGUUAGAAAUCAUCUUCUUCUUAUACUUCGCCUCACACAUUCCCAUCACGUUAUUUAUCGACUUGCAGGCGCUGCUGCCGGAACAUGUGUAUCCUCAGCCGCUCAGAGAUCUGCUGAGGUGGUAUGCUGAGGACUUCAGGGAUCCCAUGGUGCUGGAUCCUCCGCACUGGUUCAAGUCCUUCAUCUUAUGCGAGGCUCUGGUUCAGAUGCCUUUCUUUCCCAUUGCAGCCUAUGCUUUCCUUAAAGGUGGCUGUAAGUGGAUCAGGACUCCUGCCAUCGUGUAUUCCACACAUGUGGCCACUACACUGGUCCCAAUCCUGGCCCACAUCCUUUUCUACGAUUUCCCAAUGAAGCCCUACCCUGGACCGCAGACGAUGCACGAACGCUUGUGGUUGGUGUCCAUUUACGCUCCGUACCUGCUGGUACCUGUGAUGCUGCUCCUCACUAUGCUGAUGUCCUCCACAUACAACUCCACCGCCAAGUCGGCUAAGUCCAAGAAGCACUGACACUGGAGCAGACUGCACCGGUCUCACGUCCUCUGAGUUUAGGAGAUCAUUUGAAUGGAUGUACCCUCUUUCACCCUAUGUCAGCUGGGAUUGGCACCAGCAGCCCUGUGACCCUCAUGUGAAAGAUAAAGUGUUUUUUAUAUAUAUAUAUAUAUAUAUAU